UUCAUUAUGGUGGCUUGCGAAAGACAGCUUCUAGGCCUGGCUUUGGCCUGCAUCGGCUUACUGGGGAGCAUCAUUAGCUGUGCUCUCCCCACAUGGAGAAUCAUGACAGCCUUCAAAGUGGUGGAGGGUUUGUGGAAGAGAUGUGUAAUCUUACCAACAGGUCAAAUGCAGUGCAUGGGGUACAAAGAUAUGCCGUUACCUGAAGACAUGAAGGCUGCCAGAGCACUUAUCAUCAUUGCCAUUAUCAUUGAGCUCCUUGGGAUCCUGCUUGGUGUGGCUGGGAGAAAUUUUAUGAACUUUGUGCCAGAUGAAAGGCAAAGGAGCAAAAUGGCUCUGACUUCUGGAAUUGCCUUCCUCAUUGCAGGCUUCUUUUUUCUCAUACCAGUCAGCUGGACCACCAACACCAUCAAUGAUCAUAUUCAUCCUACCCAGUCUACUUAUGGUCUUUCUAAUGUGCUAUUUAAAAACAUGGAGUUGGGAGCCGCGCUCUACAUUGGCUGGUUCACCACUGUCCUUUUGUUCCUGGGAGGAGGCCUCGUCUGCAGCUCCUUUUUCCGCAGAAAUGGAACUGAGUAAAACUCAAAUCUUACACUGUGUAAGCAAGGCCUUACUUAUUGCUUUUUAAAUAAGGCCUAUUUUCAUACAUCGAGCUGUUUAUUUUUGGAAAUAAGAAAAAGGUGUUAUGAAAGUUUUCACCUCAAGUUUGUCAUUUGAAUGAGUAGAUUAACAAAGUAUAAAAUCAGAUUCAAAUAGAGAGAAAUAUUUGAAGCUUGACUGAGUAAUUUGACUCUGAAUCUAUUUUAAGGUAUAAGGCCUACACCAUUAUAACCACCUUUUGUAUUGUUUUUUUUUUUCAUUUAUUGUUUUUGUUGUUCAUAAGUGUGGAGACAGAUUUGACUUUUUCAGGGAUCUAUGUAAAGUCAAAAUCAUGACCAUUUAAAACUGCUAUGAAAUCUAUUCAAUGUAAGUCUAUGUUUUAUCUUUGACUAUCAUCUCUUUAUUAAAUUGAUUCAAUAUUGAUGAUCAUGAAAUUGUUUUUACAUAUGCUUUUUCAAUAAAAAAUAUAUUUUUGUGUGUGAUUGUAUACAAGUGAAAUUUAUAUCAAAUGAAAAUGAAUAUUUUGGAGCAUGCAAAAUAUUAUGUAUUUUUGGUGCCUUUUUUAACAUUAAAGCAGCUUAAUAAACAUAGUAAGAAUGAGUUUGCAAAAACUGAACAUUGUAGAGUUUUGCAUUGAAAAAUAAACCAACAAGAUGAUUAAAAACUGUUAACAAAGACCACACUGCCAAAGUUGAAAAAGUUUAAAAAUGAUACAUUAAAAAAGACAAUUAAGUGUUUGAGUUGUUUAAAGUUUCAUGUGUGUUACAUCUAAUCAUAGACAACAAGUCAGAGUUGACAAAGUGUCAGUUUUACUUCCACACAUCUGUUGUGUCAAACAGUAACUACCAAAAGGAUUUAGUUUAGACUGGAGAAAUUUCAAAAGUUGUUUUGUUGAAUAAUUUUGUCAUUAAAGUUUUUAAUCACAAAUAA